GUAACCCCUCCCAUCUCCCGUAGUUCCGAAUUCUGCUGAAGUUUUUUGGAUGUCAACAAGGCUUUAAGUGUGCUAUUUUAAAACAUUUCGUAAAAGUGCUUCCCGAAGCAAGGAUUGUUUUAGAAUGUCUUUCCUUGCUGCAAAGUUGUUGGGCAAAGAAGUAAAGGAAUUAGAUGAAAAUGAUAUUGAUGACUUACUUGCCUCUCUUACCGCUGAAGAACUUGAACAAUUAAGUAAUGAAGUGGACCCAGAUGACUCAUUACUUCCUGCUUCUCAAAGAUGCAAAGAUCAGACGAAAAAAGCUCCAACUGGACCUUUGAAUCGGAAAAAGUUGCUGGAUUAUUUAGAAAGAACUGCCAAAGAACAAGAAGAUUGGCCAGAAGCUAAGCCUUAUGAGCCAGGUUUAAAAAGAGGGAAAAUAUGGAAACCUAAACAUGUACCCAAGCCUGAAGUUGAAGAAAUGGGAAUUGAACUUGAUAUAGAUGAUGAAUAUGUGGAAGCAUUGAAUACUGCCGAAGAAGCAGAAUUGGUUGACCUAGCAGCUAUACUGGGCCUACAUAGCAUGCUAAAUCAAGAUCAGUUUCAUUCUUCAAUAUUAAACAAGGGGCAAAAAAUUGGAGACAGAUUUGAAAGUGUUGUCCAUGCAACAAAGCCCAAGGUUUUGCCUUUGGAACCUGAUAAUGAUACUGAUGUUGACAAAACACUCAAACAAGUGGAAAAUAAUGAUGCAACUUUGAAGAAAUUGAAUUGGAAUAAUAUUAAGAAUAUAUCUAGAGAAAAAAUGAAGAGACUUUUUGAAGGACUGAAAACCAAUGCUCAUUUGGAAUUCCUGAGCCUAGCCAAUGUCAAUUUAUAUGAUGCGAGUGCUGAGGUAUUGGUGGAAGCAUUGAAACAGAAUAAAGCUUUGUUAUCAUUGAAUGUUGAAUCGAAUUAUCUUACUGGGAGUAUGCUUAGAGAUCUUAUUGAUGCACUUCUGACAAACCAAACUAUGUUGGAGUUCAGGGCUGCCAAUCAAAGUCCUGCCACUCUUGGAAACAAAAUUGAAAUGGAAAUAACGAAAUUGAUUGAAGAAAAUAAAACAUUAUUGAGGCUUGGUUUAUCUUUUGAUGUCCCAGAUGCCCGUGUGAGGAUUACUGACCAUUUACAGAAGAAUCAGGACCGCAUUCGUUUGAGGAGAAUCGGAACCGAGAUUUGAGUGCCAUUUCAUUGGUACAUGAAGAUAGAAGAGAAAGAACACCAUGACUGUUCUGUAAUGUGUUGCAUAUUUUUUCCUUUUGUACAGUAGAAUCAGAAAUAUUUUUUUUAAAUAUUUUGUGUGUUGAUGAAAACAUAUUUCAUAAAGACACAUCUCAUAAAAUACAGUAUUUUAGCUCAAACAGAUGCUUACUGCACAUUCUUUAUCAAUGAGAUGUAGUCUCCUCAAAAGAUUAGUAAUGUCAUCUAUUCUAUUAUAUUCAGAAUUUAUUUCAUGAAUAUUUUCAGCUAUUUUAUGUAGCUACAACUUACUGGUUUAAGGAGUGUGGUUUGUUACAAUACUCCUCUCUCUCUCUCUUUUUUUUCUAUUUUCCUAUUUUUUUUUCUUUUUUGGAGUGCUACAUGGAGUGUGUUGAGAUUUUCCCUAAGAGGAACUGAUGUAGCUUGAACAAGAUUAUUGAAAACUCUUCUUCUCAAGUUGACUUUUCAUGCAAAGUUAUCUGUUUAUUUGAGUAUUUUAGAACCUGACCUUAGCUUCAAAAGAACAUCUUUUGUAUUGAUAUGACAUGUAUUUUAAAAGCUGUUGCUUAAAAAAACGAGUAUUCAAUAUAAUCUCAGUAUUUAAAGUAAUGUUUCUGUUAACAAUUAUCUGCUUAUUAAAAACACAAUAUUUUCAACAAGUGCUUCAGAAAAAAAUGUAACAAAAAUGUUUAAUAAUAGCAUUUCAGCUAGAAUGGUAAAACAUAUUGUGUUAUAAGAUUUGGAAUAAAAAUUUAAGCACAAAGUAUGAAAUGCAUUUUAAAUGAAAUGUUGCAGAGGUAAUGUGGCGUUCAAUGAAUUUUAUCUAAUUUUUAUUGUUUAUUGUGUUUAUAGCUCUAAAAGAUCUAUUAUUGUGAUUGUAUAUAUUUCAUAACUAAAUUUUUGCAUUGCAAAUGCUUUUUAGAAUUAAAAAUUAUAGAUACUAAAGUUUUUUUUUGUAUUUUCAGAUUAAAAUUUUAUGAACUGAUUUUUCAAAAAUUUGUUAUUCUUUUUAAAAUGUUUAUUUUAAAGUAGACUUUUUAAUUUCUUCUGUAGUUUUCCCAAAUUCUUGCAGGGCUUUAUAAAUUCUUUUAUACCAACAUUUUUGCCAGCUAUUUUUAAUCAAAAGACAAUUUCAAUGAAUAAGUUAAUGAAUUUAAAUAACCUACUUCAUUGUGAGCAUUUAUCUGUUUUAUGAAAUGGUUCGUAUUCGCUUUAUUUAUUAUGCAUCUUUAUCAUACCAUGCUUUUUAGAGCUAUUUUAUGAAUUAAUUUUCUAAUUCUAUAUUUAAAAUUUAAUGAAGUGAUGUUUAAAAUGUGCAUGUUUCUAAUUUAAUAUCGUUAGAAUUUUACAUAUGUUGAUGAGUUCCAUUUGAAGGAAUAAAAUUUCUUAUAAAAAAGGUUUACUUUUGUAUUUAUGGCGAAAUAUUUAUUAAAUAAAGUUUUUGUCACAAGUAUUGAAGCUCAACAUUUUGUUUAUUAUAUAAUGUAGGAUGUAGUGUGAAGAUUUUGUAAAUUUAUGUGCUUUUGCUAUCAUGCACUGCCAGCUCAAUGUCAUGUUAUUUCAAGAAUCAGUCCAUGACAAUUUGUCCUGUUGCUUUUUGUAAUUUUUCAAAGAAGCGAUCUGUAAAAACUGAAAAUACAUAAAAAAUAAAGUUCCAUAUUGUGUGUCA